ACAAAAAAACUACCUCCGGUUCACCCAAAGUUUAUCCCUUUGCUGGUGAGUUUGGCAGCGUUGGAGGAAACGGGCUUUGCAGGGGUCCCUGGGGGCUGCAUGGCUGGCUGCUUUCCCAGCCCAGCAUGGAUUGAGGCAGCAGCUCUGUGUGACGGAGGGGCCCAAAAUAGAAACUUUACCGCGAGCAGGGAGGAAUAAUACUUUUCCUGCAGCCGUGCAAUAGCCUUGAGGCUGCUAACGUGGUGAUAAGCGGUUGUUUGCCUGUGCUCUGGAGCAAGCGUGGUUUAUCUCUUCCUUGUUCCAGACCCGGAGAGAAAAAGCCUGUCGAUUCCGCUGCCGUGGGACCACCAGAUGCCUUGCAAUAACCUGUCCCUGCACAGAAGGACCUGCCCGCCUUAGCCAGCCCGUCCUGCCAAGCAUCCCGCUAGCAAUGGCCUCAACACCCCAGUGAGGACCACAGGACCAGGACCGAGUCCCCCCCAACACCACCACAUCCCUUGGGAGAGCCAUGGAGGCCCCCCCGGACGUGCCUGUAGGGAAUCUCAUCGACUUCGACACCGAAACACCCACCUGCAUCCCUUCGGAGCCCUCAGCCCCCAACGGCAACGGGCACCAGGGGGACACGGGGGAUGUGGCUGGGGAGGAGAGCGAUGCCACCGAGUCUGCAGACAGCGAGAAUGACAUGGGUGACUCCCCCCAGCACUGGGGCCGGUACCACCGCUCCUCAUCCAACGAGUCCUUCUCCUCCAGCCAGAGCACGGAGUCAGCUCGGGAUGAGGAGACAGCCGAGCGCCGGGAGUUCAUGCGGCACUACGUGGAGAAGAUCUUCACCGGAGGAGAGGAUCUGGACCAAGAAGAGAAGGCCAGGUUUGGUGAGCUCUGCAGCAGCGAGAAUGGGAAGGGCAGGGAGUGGUUUGCAAGAUACGUGAGUGCCCAGCGCUGCAACUCCAAAUGUGUCUCGGAGCAGACCUUCUACCGCCUGAUGCAGUCCUUUGCCCUUGUGCUGUUUGAGUGUCACCAGAUGGAUGACUUCAGCCCUGCCAAGAACCUCAUGACCAUGUGUUUCACCUACUACUACGUGGGCAAGACCCACACACUGCCCUUGGAGGCUAAGGAGAAGCCCAUGGGCAGCAUCGACUCGUACCUGAAGUCAGCAAAUAGCUGGCUGGCAGAGAAGAAGGAUGUCGCGGAGCGGCUGCUGAAAACCACAUCAGCCAAGACAGAGAACGUCAAGGGCUUCUUCGGGGGCCUGGAGACCAAACUGAAGGGUCCUACCAGCAGAAAGAGCGACGAAGGGGAGGACAAACCAAAGGAGAAGCUGAAGAAGACGGUUUCCAUGCAGAGCCCAGAGGAGGAGAAGAAAGGAGAGAAGAUCUACCUGUACAUGCACCUCAAGCAGCAGCCCAUCUGGCACAACCUGCGGUUUUGGAAUGCUGCCUUCUUCGACGCUGUGCACUGCGAGCGCAGGAAGCGGUCCCCCACCACCAGAGGGAACACUGGGGAGGAAGAGGAGAAGAGGGAGAAGUGGUGCCACAUGACACAGGAGGAGCGUGAUGACAGCCUCCGCUUUAAUGAGAACAUCACCUUCGGGCAGCUGGGCACCUUCAUCCACAACAUGCUGGCGUUCGGCCUGAACAAGAAGCUCUGCAGUGACUUCCUGAAGAAGCAGGCGACCAUCGGCAACUUGGAUGAAGAGCAAUUCAAGCUGCUCAGUGACCACAUUGAGCAGAUGGCUACUGAAUAGCUGCCUGGCCAUCGCGCUGCGGUUGGAGCAGGCAAGAUGGGGAAAGAAACCCACCUUUGGGGAUAUACCUGUAACUGAAGCUGUGCUGCUUUGAGAAAUCACACACACACGCUGCAAUAAAACCUGCAUGAUCAUCCACCAACCCUUAGCGCUGCACCGAGGCAGCACGUAGAAAUAGGAGCUAAAACAGCCCCCCUGCCCCUCGCCAGACCCCCUCGCAUCUGUUUUCAGAGUAGACAGCCCCAAAAGUGUAUUUUGUGAGUAAAAAAUCAAAACCAAACCCAAACAAAUGCAAAGAGAGAGUGAUUGCU